AUGUCGGCACAGCUGCCUGCUGGGUGCCCAAGCCCCAAACUCGGACGGAGCAUCAUGCAAGUACAGGUACGCGGGAUGCGGCGUGCCGCCUGCGACGUCGUCGGUAGCCGCUACCUUGGACCGGGUGCUUCGAGCGCGGGCGACCUGCCUCUGGCUGGCACGCGCGCCCACCCACGCCCGCGUCCGUCGCCUCCAGGGGUCGUCGGCCGAGAGGUUCGCCUGAGGAGUCGAGGCCACGACACCACACCCAACCUCGCCGCCUCGUCGUACCUAGUCGUCGUCAGCGACGUCGGCAACCUGCCCCAUCCGCGCCCUCGAUCCCCGAGACGCAGCGACGUGCGGCCAUUGGACGCCCUCGUCCUCGGUACCCUGCCGUCCCCUCCUGUCCAUUCCGGUGCGUUUGUUCUCCCCACGGCCGAGCCGACGGAGCGGCAGCAGCUGCGGCCGCCUCGAGUCCCUGACUCGUCCUUGACCGGGACCGUCUGGACGCCUCGCUCCGUCCCUCUCGCCGACGCCGACACCCACCGAGGAGUCGAAGGCGAGCCCGAGCUCGGACGCGCCGGCAGCCCGCCAUCGCCCCCCGACGUCGUGCCCGAGGCUCGAUGCGUUAGCUUCGCUCGUCGGAACCCUUCGUCCACCGACGCCGUCCCCUCUCCUCGUCGAACGAUGAGGAUUGCUUCCCUCGUCGGCCUCGCCGCACUCGCCGGCCCGUCGCACGCCGUGCUCGUGCCUCGCGACUACGCCAACAAUGACUACUACGUUAUCCACAUCGAGAAACGGGCAUCCGUCGCGCCCAUCGCCGACCACCUGAACAUGGUGUACGAGCGUCAGCUCGGCGACCUACCCCACCACUACGUCUUCCGUGCACCCAAAUCGGAGCACGACAUCGUGCAGCGGGAGCUGCUCGAGCGGCGGCGGCGAAAACGUGAUCGGCCCGUCGACCUUCACCUCGAUGCCAUCCUGCUCUCGGCGAGACAGGAGCCCCGGAUGCGCUUGAAGAAGCAUGUCGUCGCGCCCCGUCACGAGGAACCUCUUCGCCCCCGCGCCCGGGGGCCGCCCGCGCCCGCCGCCCUCGCCGAGCAGCUUUCCGUCAUGAAGGCGCUCGAUAUCGCCGACCCCAUCUUCAAGGAGCAGUGGCACCUGUUCAACACGAUCGAGCUCGGCCACGACGUCAACGUCACCGGCCUCUGGCUCGAGGGUGUCACCGGAAAGGGCGCGACCGUGGCCAUCGUCGACGACGGCGUCGACAUGUACAGCGACGACCUCAAGGAGAACUACUUCGCCAAGGGAUCCUGGGACUUCAACGACAGCGGCCCCGAGCCCAAGCCGCGCCUCUCCGACGACAGGCACGGCACCCGCUGCGCCGGUGAGGUGGCGGCCGUCCGCAACGACGUCUGCGGCGUCGGCGUCGCCUACGACGCCAAGUUCGCCGGCAUCCGCAUCCUCAGCAAGCCCAUCAGCGACGCCGACGAGGCCGAGGCCAUGAUCUACGGCUACCAGGAGAACCAGAUCUACUCGUGCUCCUGGGGGCCCCGCGACGACGGCCGCUCCAUGGAGGCGCCCGGCGUCCUCAUCCGCCGGGCCAUGCUCCGCGGCAUCCAGGAGGGCCGCGGCGGCCUCGGGUCCAUCUACGUCUUCGCCAGCGGCAACGGCGCCGCGAGCGACGACAACUGCAACUUUGACGGCUACACCAACUCCAUCUACAGCAUCACCGUCGGCGCCGUCGACCGCGCUGGCCAGCACCCCUACUACUCGGAGCUCUGCUCCGCCCAGCUCGUCGUCACCUACAGCAGCGGCAGCGGCGAUUCCAUCCACACGACCGACGUCGGCAAGAACCGUUGCGCCGUCGGCCAUGGCGGCACCUCGGCCGCCGCGCCCCUGGCCGCCGGCAUCUUCGCCCUCGUCAUGGAGGUCCGCAACGACCUGACCUGGCGGGACGUGCAAUACCUCGCCAUGGAGACGGCCGUCACCGUGUCGGACGGCAAGGCCGACUGGCAGACGACGGCCAUCGGCAAGCAGUUCAGCCACGUCUUCGGCUAUGGCAAGAUCGACUCCUACGCGCUCGUCCAGAAGGCCAAGACGUGGAAGAACGUCAAGCCCCAGGCCUGGUACUUCUCCCCCUGGCUCCACGUCAAGCAGGGCAUCCCCGAGGGCGACAACGGUCUGCUCGUCCACUUUGAGGUCUCCCAGGAGAUGCUGACGCAGGCGAACCUCGCCCGCGUCGAGCACGUCACCGUCACCAUGAACGUGAACCACACCCGUCGCGGCGAUCUCAGCGUCGACCUCAUCAGCCCCGCCAACAUCACUAGCCACAUCGCGACGGCGCGGAAGGACGACGGCUUCGUCGGCGGCUACGACAACUGGACCUUCAUGAGCGUCGCCCACUGGGGCGAGACCGGCGUCGGGAGCUGGACACUGGUCAUCCGGGACACGAAGGACAACGCGCACAAGGGAACCUUUGUGGACUGGCACCUGAAGCUGUGGGGCGAGAGCAUCGACCCCCAAAAGGCGACGAAGCUCCCGAUGCCGCAGGAGAACGACGAUUCGACGCACGACCAGGUCGUGUCGACGGUCAGCGCCACGGCCGCCACGACGUCGGUUCCCGCGCGGCCCGAUGCCACCUCGGUCUUCUCGAAGCCAUCCGAUCACCCCGAGCGCCCGACGAGGCCCGGCGCCCAACCGCCGACGACGCCCGACGUGCCCCCCUCGCCGACGAUGGAAGCUGGCGAGGAGACGACGACGACGUCGGCGUCGACCUGGGUCGACAAGUUCCCCGCCUUCGGCGCCACCAAGCGCUUCUGGAUCGGUGGGGCCGCCAUCGCCAUCGCCGUCUUCUGCGUUGGCCUCGGCGUCUACCUGUUCGUCGCGCGCCGUCGGCGCAUCAGGAACGACCUGCGGAACACGUACGAGUUUGAGCUCAUCGACGAGGAGCGGCGCGACGGCCGCAAGGGCGGAGAGAAGGGCGUCGCCGGCCGCGGACGCCGCACCCGCGGCGGCGAGCUCUAUGACGCCUUCGCCAUGGGCAGCGAUGACGAGUUCGACCAGUACAGGGACCGCUCCAGCGAGAGGCUGGCGGGCGUCGCCGACGCCGAGCACUACUCCGUCGGCGAGGCGAGCGACGACGACGACGACGACGACGACGACGACGACGAUGACGAGAAGGGAGAGGAGACGAGGCCGUUGGCUGGCGAGAACCGCUAG